CCAGGCCUUUACCAUGAAGACCUGCGUGCUGUUAUCGCUGCUGCUGGCGUUGGGUUGUGUGAUCAUCAAUGGUGCACCAGUGGAGCGUGGUGGCAUAGAACCAGGCUCAUGUGAAGAUGCUUCAACAAAAGCAGCUGCUGAACUGGCUCUUACCAAAAUCAACCAGAACAGAAAGGAGGGCUACAUCUUCAGUCUGCACCGCCUGUCCAACGCCCACAUAAAGAGACAUGGAGAGAAUGGUGUGGUCUUCUACCUGAAUCUGGAUGUUGUGGAGACCAACUGCAGCGUUCUCAGCAAGAGGGACUGGAAGAGCUGUGACAUUCGUAGUGGCAAUACGCAGGUAUAUGGACAGUGCAAAGCUGCUAUCUUCAUCAGUAAGGUACACAGAGUGGUUCGUCUCUACAAAUACAAGUGUGCUAUCAGACCAGUUCCUGCAGGUAGGGUGCAUCAGUCCUGUGGUGGCUGUCCAGGUUUAACUGACCAUAAUCACGAUAAAGUUCAGAAGGCUGUGACUCAGUCUCUGGAGAAGUUCAAUCAGCAGAGUGGGCUGGCCAAUCGUUUUGCUCUGCUCAAGAUCUCCCGUGCUACUUCACAGGUUGUUGCAGGUAGGAAGUACCAUGUGGAAUACAUCAUCCAGGAGACCACUUGCCCCCAGAGGGCAGGAGCAGAUGAACCUUGCCCCCCCAUGGAAUGCGAGUUUGCUCACAAGGGUUUCUGUAAGGCAUCCCUCUUCCACGCUCUCAAUGGCGAUGAGAAGAUUGAGGGAGCCUGUGAGAUCUAUGAGCCUGAGGCUGCUGAGAGAGAGAAGAAGCUACACCUGCUGGGCGGAGAGACUGACCACAGCCACAAUGACACACACUCACACAGCCACGACCAAGACCAAACACACGACCACGCAAACGAUCACACAAAGUGCAGCUCUCAUCAUGGCCACACCCACAACCACACUGAUGACCGUGAUCACCACCACACACAUGACCAUGCCACAGGCAGCGCUCACAGGCACGCUCAUGACCACUCCCAUGACCACGGUCUGAAUCACGAUCACGUGCACACUCAUCACGCCAAGGCACACAACCACAGCGGUGACUCUCCCAGUCACCACCACGACUAUAAGCAUGCUCUAGGUGUGCACACACAUGAACAUGACCACGAGCUGGCUCUGGACCAUGACCACAAGCACGGUCACCUGCAUGAACACGAGCACCACCACCACCACCACGAGCACGAACAUGAGAACACACCCCACGAUGAACCACAGGGAACAGUGAUAGUCCUGCCCGCCUUGGGCCAGCCUGUGACUCUGCCUUCCUUCCCGGAUGUCCCAGUUGGUGGCCCUGGAGUUGGAGUCACUCUCCCACUUAAACCCGACCCUCAAAUUCCUGGACAGAUGGAGCCCACCAUCGAGCCCUUCCCAAAAUCAGUCUCUGCCCAGUGCCCCACCACAGCGGGAAAGCAUAAAAAUGUGGAUGAACUCUUCACUAAAGACCUCGAAUUCAAGCCAGCUGCAGCCAGUUCAUAAAGCCUAUAAAACUGUUUUUAAAUACACACACAAAGGCUCAAGUGUAAUGAAAAGAAGGAAAACUAUUUGGCAUUGCAUUUUUCUACA